AGAGAGAGAGCACGUGAAUAAGUGUGGAAUCAUGUGGGUGUACAGAUAGGUUGAGCUCCCAGGAAGGGAAACAAACCCCCCAGUAUGGGAUCAUAUAAUCCACCACUCUCAUCUACUUUGGACCCAUUUUUUUUUUUUCUUCUCUUCUUGUCUUUCUUCUGUUCUCCAUCAUCCUAUUUUACAAUUUUUUAGCUUUCAUCCUUCUCCCUGUAUUCUUGGAGCUUAUGGGGAUUCGCUCUAUUGUCACUCCUCCUCCCGGUCUUACUGUGCAUCAUCAUCAUCAUAACCUGGACUCAAAGCCUCAACCUCAGAAUCCUCAAAACCACCACACUUUUCGAGCAUGGGAUACCCCCCUCAUCAUAGUCAUUCCAAUUAUCAUCUCACUUCUCUUGCUUGUUGCUGUGAUUAUCAUCAUUGCAUUGCUCCGGAGACUCAAGUCCAACAAAAGCAGUUCUCAUGGCAAUCCCACAACCAGCAGCAGCAGCAGCAGCAGAAGCAACAACAACAACAACAACAACAACAACAACAACAACAACAACAAGAAUCUUUCCCAUUUCUCUCCUUAUACUUCUGUAGUCUUCAGUGCUAGCCCAGAGGUGAAGCGUGGUUGCCUUCAGGGAGGAAGUUCAGGUCUUCUACCUUCAGCAAAACUCAAAGAGAGAGGGAUUCAAGUUUUCACCUACAAAGCGCUUGAAUUGGCCACUGAUGGUUUUAAAGAAGCGAAUGUGAUAGGCAGUGGAGCUUAUGGAGUCGUUUACAGGGCGAUCCUGAGUGAUGGGACCGUGGCAGCAAUCAAGAUGCUCCGCAAAGAAGCCAGACGAGGGGAGCGUGGGUUCAGAACUGAGGUGGACUUACUGAGCCGGUUCCGUUCUCCCUACUUGGUGGAGUUGCUCGGCUACUGUGCUGACCAGAACCACCGGCUUCUCAUCUUCGAAUUCCUGCCCAAUGGCAGUCUGCAAAACCACAUCCAUCCGACGGGAAGCCAACAUCAGCCAUUGGAUUGGGGGACCCGAUUGAGGAUUGCUCUUGAUUGCGCAAGAGCUCUAGAGUUCCUUCAUGAGCAUGCAGUACCAUCUGUCAUCCACCGGAACUUCAAAUGCAGCAAUGUCCUGUUGGAUCAUAACUUCAGGGCCAGAGCUUCCAAUUUUGGAUUGGCCAAGAUGGGUCCAGACAAGAUCAGCGGUCAGAUAUCGACAGCACUGGGGUCUGCAGGCUACAUGGCACCAGAAUAUGCUUCAAUGGGUAAGCUAACAACAAAAUCAGAUGUUUACAGUUAUGGCGUGGUUCUCCUAGAGCUUCUAACAGGCCGCACCCCAGUGGAUACAGAUCGGCCUCCUGGAGAACAUUUCCUUGUCACCUGGGCUCUUCCAAGGUUGACCAACAGGCAGAAAGUCAUUGAAAUGGUCGAUCCAGCUCUACAAAGGAAGUAUUCAAAGAAGGAACUGAUUCAGGUAGCUGCAAUUGCUGCUGUGUGUGUGCAACCAGAAGCUGAUUACCGACCUCUAAUGACUGACGUUGUGCAGUCUCUAAUUCCACUGGUCAAGAGCCUCCCUUCUACUACUCUCUCAACCUCUUCCAGAUUUUGCAGUCCAAUAUUAAGCCCCAGGUCUUAAUUCAAAAGUAUGGAGGCGACGGCAUCAUCAAAUUUCAAUGCUUUCAGUUUCUGCAGACAUUCUUUCAGAGCAUUAUAUUAAGCCCUAUAAAAAAGAUUGUCAGAAAUAUUUAGGCGUGAGCCACCAAGAUAAUACUUGUCCGAGGAAGCUGAUAAACUGAUCCCAAGUCUUGAUGUAAUUUGUGCUGUGCUGUGGGUCCUGGUAGCUAAGCUCUCUCCAAUAAUUAUGGGUGGUCAUCCUGCAUAAUUGAAUGUACAGCUGAGCAGUUCAGAUACAAGAUUGUACGAAGGGCUUUAUUUACUUACAUUGAGAGUUCACAGUUUUGUCUUACCUGCUUAGAUACUUUGUGGAAGUGUAAUAAGCUCAUUGCAAAGUGUAAUAAGUUCUUAAUUUACUCAAGUCAGUAGUUCAGGGUUUGAUUUA